GUUAGUUAACCUACCAGUUUGAUUAAGGCGAUGAGCGGGUCAGCGCUAUCUUUCUAUACCGUGACAUUGAGUGUGUGGUGUUCGCUGGUGCAGUACAUUACCGUAGCGAAGGUGUUCAUCAAGCCAGGGAUUCAGAAGGAAGAAGCGACAAGGCGAGCCUAGCAGUACCGGGAGAAUGGCUCACAGGCAGGGGGUGCUCUCGGUGGCUGCGGGGUCCAUGAGACUGGGGUUGAGAGCCUGGAGCACAAGUCGCACGACGGUAGCCACUCAAGCAUUUUCAGCUCUCGGGUAUCGAAGUAGCACUGUCAGGUGUUUCACUAUAAACCGAAGCCGAAGUGCUGCAUAUCAUGAAAAACUGUCAUCCUGCUACCAGUGGCUUUGCUCUAAACCACCCAAAGGUUUUGACAAGUAUUUUCCAAAGAAUGAAAAAGCACCAGAAUCGAAGGGAUCAGCCAGUGAAUCAAAAGAGGUGAAACUAAAGGAGCUCGGAUCAAAGAGCAAUGGUGGAGGAGGAGGGGGGUCAGGGGGUGGUGGAGGCGGCAAGAAAGGGGGAAAGAAGGAGGAUUCUAGCUGGUGGGGCCGCAUGCAAAAGGGCGAUCUCCCCUGGGAUGAGAAGGAUUUCCGCUAUGUUGCUGUAGUGGUGGCAGGAUUUGCCUCUGGAUUUAUGUAUUUCUAUUUCCGGGACACUGGCAAGGAAAUCACCUGGAAAGACUUUGUGCACAACUACCUGGCUAGAGGGCAGGUGGACCGCUUGGAAGUUGUAAAUAAACAGUAUGUGCGUGUUAUCCCUGCCUCUGGAAUGGCAUCAUCAGAAACGAGUUAUGUAUGGUUCAACAUCGGUAGUGUGGACACUUUCGAGAGGAACCUUGAAACGGCUCAGCUGGAGAUGGGAAUCGAGUCCUCGCACAAGGUGGCAGUGGUGUACAGCACAGAGAGUGAUGGCUCUUUUAUGAUGAGUAUCAUCCCCACACUUCUGUUGAUUGGCUUCCUCCUCUUCACUCUGCGGCGGGGGCCAAUGGGAGGGGGUCGCGGGGGUCGAGGGGGCGGGCUCUUCAGCAUGAGCGAGUCCCCGGCCAAGAUGAUGAAGGACAACAUCAACGUGAAGUUCAAGGACGUGGCGGGCUGCGAGGAGGCCAAGGUGGAGAUUAUGGAGUUUGUCAAUUUCCUGAAGAACCCCAAGCAGUAUCAGGACCUCGGGGCGAAAAUCCCAAAGGGAGCUGUCCUCUCGGGUCCUCCUGGAACAGGAAAGACCCUCCUGGCCAAAGCGACAGCUGGAGAGGCCAACGUCCCCUUUAUCACUGUCAACGGCUCAGAGUUCCUUGAGAUGUUUGUUGGCGUUGGGCCUGCCAGAGUGAGAGACAUGUUUGCGAUGGCCCGUAAGAACGCUCCCUGCAUCCUGUUUAUUGAUGAGAUUGAUGCGGUGGGAAGGAAGAGAGGGAGGGGGAACUUCGGGGGGCAGAGCGAGCAGGAGAACACUCUGAACCAGCUGCUGGUGGAGAUGGAUGGUUUCAACACCAGCACAAACGUUGUGGUUCUGGCUGGAACCAAUCGACCCGACAUCCUGGAUCCAGCCCUGAUGAGACCGGGACGCUUUGACCGACAGAUUUAUAUAGGCCCACCUGAUAUCAAAGGGAGAGCUUCCAUCUUCAAAGUGCAUUUACGUCCCUUGAAGUUGGAUGCUAGUAUCGGGAAAGAUGCUUUGGCCAGGAAAUUAGCCGCUCUCACGCCUGGAUUCACUGGUGCCGAUAUUGCUAACGUGUGCAAUGAAUCUGCACUGAUUGCUGCCAGGCAUUUAAAUCAAUUCAUUAUUGAAAAGCACUUUGAACAGGCCAUCGAGCGUGUCAUUGGAGGUCUGGAGAAAAAGACCCAGGUCCUUCAGCCAGCUGAGAAGAAGACAGUGGCAUAUCAUGAAGCCGGUCAUGCCAUUGUGGGCUGGUUCCUAGAGCAUGCUGACCCUCUGCUCAAGGUGUCUAUCAUUCCUCGGGGGAAAGGCCUGGGCUAUGCUCAGUACCUCCCGAAAGAGCAGUACCUGUACACGCGGGAGCAGCUGUUUGACCGCAUGUGCAUGAUGCUGGGGGGCCGUGUGGCAGAACAGAUCUUCUUUGGAAAAAUCACCACUGGCGCCCAGGAUGAUCUGAAGAAGGUUACACAGAGCUCCUAUGCACAGAUUGUCCAGUUCGGUAUGAGUGAGAAGCUGGGCCAGGUGUCUUUUGACCUUCCCCGGCAGGGUGAGAUGGUGAUGGAGAAGCCCUACAGCGAGGCCACAGCGCAGGUCAUUGACGAGGAGGUCCGCAGCCUCAUCAACAUGGCCUACGAACGGACGAUGGAACUGCUCCUGGAGAAACGGGACCUUGUUGAAAAGGUGGGGGUACGACUGCUGGAGAAGGAGGUGCUGGACAAGGCAGACAUGCUGGAGUUGCUAGGACCACGGCCCUUUGCAGAGAAGUCCACUUAUGAGCAGUUUGUAGAAGGGACCGGCAGCUUUGAGGAGGACACCAACUUGCCGGAAGGGCUGAAGGACUGGAACCAGGAGAGGGACCAAGCCCAUGAGGAGGAGCCCCCACAGCGGGUACAGGAGAAGCAGACCGUGUAGCUAAACUCCAUGUCUUGUUAAAACCAGUGCCAGUAACUCAGUCACUGGGAACUCACACACCGCUGAGCGUUCAAGGUCCAUAUUUCUUCAUUUAGAGAGGAAGUUUCCCAUCUGAAGUUUUUCACUUGUUUUGACGUGCAUAGAUAAACAUGAGGAACUGGCAGCUGUUUUUAGUUUCAGACAGCAGAGAUUAAAUUGUUGUUCAAGGAUGCCAACAAAACUUGUCUUGGAAAGCAUGUGGAGAAACUCUGAUUUAGAAAGGAUUCCUGCAAGCCUUAACUUCAGUCAAAAACUUUUUCCAAUUGGCAUAGUCUUUCACUGGAAUGCAAUAGGAUUGUAUAACUAGAACUAGUCUAUAGUUGCUCUUCUAAAAUUACCCCUGAAGGAUUGCCAUUGUGUAAUUUGGUAAUUUGGUGUAUGAACUAUACAUGGUUGGUAUACAUUUGCGUGUGAGUGUAUUAUAUAUACACCAGACAGACUGCUGCAAUCGUAUGUUCAUAUUCUGCUAAAUGUGCCCAAGCCUGUUUUAAUGCUUUUAAGAAAAAAAUACAACCAAUCUCCUGUUUAAAGCAUAUCAUAUAACUCCCCAGAGCCAGUCUGCCACCCCAAAGAUUAAGAUCUGCAGGUAGACAUGGCAGCGUGGUUUUGAAAGUCAAAAAGGUAACUUGGGAAUUGCAGUAAAUGGCAGAGGUUGUUCAAUAUUAGACCAUAAACCUGAGUUUUUGCUUUUGAUCCUAUUGCGUUAAAGUGACAAGAUGUUAAAUGUACUUUUGUAGUAGAGACCACAUAACUGAUUAAAUUAUUGUUCAGAGGACUUUUAAGCUUUGUACUUUUUUUUUUUUUUUUUGUCAA